CUAGUGAAGAAAUUUCACACCUUUUGGUGCAGAACCUUUGUUUCGUUUCCCACAAUCUCCAUUUUACGCAAGAUCUUGAACCUCUCUCCAAUGUCUCGAAAGUUUACUUAUGCUGAGAAAGGAAAGAGGGUGGCUUCAUCUGAGGCUCCUCCCCGUUCUGAGCUCCCUCCCCGCAUCCCGCGAGUCCGAGUUCCUGCUUUCGACGAUUCUGAGCUGCGCCGACUUCCAGAGCUCGAAGAGAUCCCCCUCCUCCCAGGCCCUCCACCAAAGAAACCUCAUAGAGAAGCUGAGGACUCUAAGAAACGAUCUCAGGAUCGACCUCAUGAUGUUCCGCAGCAUAGAACACCGCAUCACUCUGGGACCAAGAGGACUCGCAGUCCUGACCAUAGAGAGAUUAUGGCAACAGGAGUAGAGACUCACACUGGUCUAAAGACAGAGACGGGUAUACCAGUAGAAGAUAUGGAGAGAACAAAAGUCUUUCCCCUCAAAGGUCUUAUAGCUACCAACCUUCAGGCCACCACUCCCAUAGCCUUCCAGCUUUUGAAGAGAGAAGAAAAACAAGAUCUCCUUAUAAGUUUGAGGAGAGCAGAAGAAGUUACCCAAGAGUGGCUAAUGCCCGUUCCCAUUCAGAUUCCAGGGUCAUCUCUUCUACUUCAAAGACGGCGCACCCGGGACCUUGCCUUCCGGCUCACCCAACAGAAAGCGCAGCGAGAAGAGAAAGAUAUCGACAAGCAGAAGAUCUUGGCCAAUUCGAGGAGACAGCUGAACAGAUGGUUGGUUAAAUCAAAGAAGAGGGUCACUGGCAAGAAGAAGCUAGGUCGACCUCCAGGGAAGAAGAAUGUCUCCCAAAAGAAUCCAAAAAUCCCCUUAGUGGGAUCGGGUAAAAGGAGAAGAACCCUCCAUCCUGUUCCAUCACCCCGCAGACGGUUAAAUAUGGAUUCCUACUUGGAGGGAGCUGAAGAAGAUGCUACUUUGAAUGCAGGACCAAGCUCUGGACCUCUUCAUGUUCCUACUGAGGCUAGAGCCAGAGCUUCUCCCCCUUCCCUUCCCCACGACUUUCUGGUAAUUCAAAAGGCUCGUCGGAUUUUCGGGUCGGGCAAAACCACCUGCCGUAAAAGUGGUUUGCUGGAACUGUCAAGGAAUGAGGAAUCCUAUGACAGUCCAGCGUUUUAGGGAAAUUCAUAAGAAAAAUUUCCCCCGACA